AUGUCUGAAAGCGAGCUUAAUGCAUAUGUUUGGACUCCGUUACUUAGGAAUGCCUUUCUCGGAAAGAACGAUCUGAAAUUAAGUUGCGGGGAGUUAGCUUCUAAGUCAUACGAAAAACUCAAAGAAAUCCUAAACAUUACUGGUCGUAGUGCUCCAAAAUUGGAUGGUAAAGGAUUCCUCAAAUCUUUGGGUACUGAAAUCCUGGCCCAGGAAGAUGGUGUCCUAAAUACUCACAGCAAAAGAACAG